AUGCGCAGAAGACAAAAUAUUGAACGAAAUGAUAAAAUUGAAAGCAUUACUACUUCAGAAGAUAAUAAAGAUGACUCAAAUGAGAUUAUACCAAAUAUAAGAAUAAAAAAUAAUAAUUAUGAUAAUAAAAAAAAAGGAAUCAAAAACAAAUUAGAAACAUCAGGAAUUAGAACAUUUCUCAAAAAAACUGGUCAAAAUGACUUUAAAGAAACUUUAAAACGUCCAUUAACAGGAUUAUUCCGUAAAUCACAAAAAGAUGGAGAACAAAAAAAUGAAGAGGUAAUACAAAAUAAUAAAGAUUCAGUCAUUCCAUAUAAUAAAGAAUCAUAUAAUACUGAUGUGAUUGAGAUACAUGGUAAUACAAUAGAUGACUCAGACACCUAUAAACAGGAUACACCUCCAAAUAAUAGAAGUACGUCAUUACUUUCUUUAUCAAUAGUUGAAGCACCAAAAUUAACAAUGAAUGAAAUGAAUGCAAUGUAUCCAUUAGAAUUACUUAAUAAUAAUGUAUAUAAUCCAUAUAAAAUUGAUGAUAUAGAUAUGAGUUUUUUAACACGUUUUUUAUGGUUGGAAGAUGAGUAUUUGGAUGAAAAUAUACCAUGGACAUGGGAUUAUUUAUUUACAAAUGUAUCGUAUGAAAUGAGGGAAGAAACAGUAAAUGAUGAAGAUGAUGUGGAUGAUAUUUAUAAAAGUACAACAUUUAUGACAUAA